CGCGCAUUAAUUGUUGGCCGUUACUCUUCUUGGCUGGCAGGUCAGCCUGGCUGGCAGGCUGGACGCUUGAGCUCCCUCCUGCUGGACUGGAUGGUGGGCUUCCCGCUAGGCUGGAGGAAGGCUUCUGACCGGGCUGGAGGCAGGCUCCCGGGUAGGCUGGAAGGCAGGCUCCCGGGUAGGCUGGACCGCAGGCUUCCAGUUGGGCUGGACCGCAGGCUCCCAGCUGGGCUAGUGGUCGGCAGGCUCCUGGCUAGGCUGGAAGGCGGGCUCCCGGGUAGGCUGGACCGCAGGCUCCCAGUUGGGCUGGACCGCAGGCUCCCAGCUGGGCUGGUGGUCGGCAGGCUCCUGGCUAGGCUGGAAGGCAGGCUCCCCACUGGGCUGGAAGGCAGGCUCCCGGGUAGGCUGGACCGCAGGCUCUCAGUUGGGCUUCCGCUCCUUGAUUGCCCUGGUUGGUUGGGCUGACUCGAG